UAUGUCUCGCUGUUCAGAAACCCUAGCAUUCACCCUCUUCCUUUCAUCUCUUCUUUUCUCUUUUCCGCCGCCAACGACGAAGUCCACAAGCUCCUGUUGGACCACGGCCUUCCGGCGGGAAUCUUGCCGGACGCGGUAAGCUCCUUCAAUAUAUCCGCAGGCGGCGACUUCUCUGUCGAGUUGUACGGUCCCUGCUACAUCAAGUUUGACUACAUGGUCUACUACGAUCGCGUCAUCUCUGGUAAUCUCAAGUACGGCUCCAUCACGAGUCUGAAGGGCGUUCAGGUGCAGAAGUUCUUGCUGUGGCUCAAUGUUGAUGAGAUCAGGGUUGAUUUGCCACCGUCUGAUUAUAUCUACUUCCACGUGGGUAUGAUUAACAAGAAGCUCGACGUUAAGCAGUUCAAGAAGGCUCGAUCUUGCAGGAAGCCGGCUUCGUUUCAAGAAAUUUGGGAGGUUCCAGCUUCUGUGAAUGAAAUCCCAAUGCUACUUACUGAGUAGAUGCGAUGAAACAAUAAGGGCUUGGCUGUCAUUUGUGGAUUCUCAACCAUUGAUCAGCAUUACCUUGUUAGAUUUGUACUUGAAAAUCAAGACUUUGAUAAAUUUCAAAGACUGAGAUAUGUAAUCAAAUGAUACUGCAAGUGUGGUAUAUGUACAUAGCCAAAAAAAAAUUUACCAGCA